CUCCGUGGGCGCCGGGGUCGAAGAAGCCGUGAGGCCGGAGCUUGGGUCGCGGUGGGAUGGAGCGCUGAGCGGUUAACGUCUGCUGGGGUGUCUGCCUCUGCACCUGUGCCUGCUUGUCACUUCCGCGUUUGACACCUUCCCGGAAUCUUGAUUUUUGAAGAAAAUCCUGGUAUCAGACAUGACUGAGUUCUGGCUUAUAUCUGCUCCUGGGGAAAAAACCUGUCAGCAAACAUGGGAGAAACUCCACGCAGCAACUACAAAGAACAAUAAUCUGGCUGUCACUUCCAAGUUCAACAUUCCUGACUUAAAGGUCGGCACUCUGGAUGUCUUGGUUGGCUUGUCAGAUGAACUGGCUAAACUGGAUGCAUUUGUAGAAGGGGUGGUUAAGAAAGUGGCUCAAUACAUGGCUGACGUAUUAGAGGAUAGUAAAGAUAAAGUUCAGGAGAAUUUAUUGGCCAAUGGAGUUGACCUGGUUACUUAUAUAACAAGGUUCCAGUGGGAUAUGGCCAAAUAUCCAAUCAAGCAGUCCCUGAAAAAUAUUUCUGAAAUAAUUGCCAAGGGAGUAACUCAGAUUGAUAAUGACCUGAAAUCUCGAGCAUCUGCGUAUAAUAAUCUGAAAGGGAAUCUUCAGAAUUUGGAGCGAAAGAACGCAGGAAGUUUGUUAACUAGAAGUCUAGCAGAAAUUGUGAAGAAAGAUGACUUCGUUCUUGAUUCAGAGUAUCUCGUCACACUAUUGGUGGUAGUUCCCAAAUUAAACCACAAUGACUGGAUGAAGCAGUACGAGACCCUAGCCGAAAUGGUAGUUCCGAGAUCUAGCAAUGUUCUCUCAGAGGACCAAGACAGUUACCUUUGUAAUGUCACCUUGUUUAGGAAGGCAGUUGAUGACUUCAGACACAAAGCCAGGGAAAACAAAUUCAUUGUUCGUGACUUUCAGUAUAAUGAAGAGGAGAUGAAAGCAGAUAAAGAAGAAAUGAACAGGCUUUCUACUGACAAGAAGAAGCAAUUUGGACCACUUGUGCGGUGGCUGAAAGUGAAUUUCAGUGAGGCAUUUAUUGCGUGGAUUCACGUGAAAGCAUUAAGGGUUUUUGUUGAGUCUGUUUUAAGGUAUGGCUUGCCAGUGAACUUCCAAGCGAUGCUCCUUCAGCCGAAUAAGAAGACAAUGAAGAAACUGCGAGAAGUAUUACAUGAAUUGUAUAAACAUCUAGACAGCAGCGCAGCAGCCAUUAUUGAUGCUCCCAUGGAUAUCCCAGGCUUAAACCUGAGUCAACAGGAAUACUACCCCUACGUGUACUACAAGAUUGAUUGCAACUUGCUGGAGUUCAAGUAAAACGGCUCGGCCCCGCCCACCCUGCCCUCGUGUUGGUGUACGCUAACAGAAACAGGUUGCAGUAUGAUAGUACUUUUAACUCUGCUAUCCUUUGCUUGCUUCCUACCCCUUUUCCUAGGUGAGUUCUUCCACAGUGGUCCAUAUCUCAUUUUCUUUUUAAAGGAAAAUAUAUUGUUUCUUUUUAUUGAUCAGGUCUGUAAAUGUGUACUAAAAUGAAUCAGAGUUUAUUUAUAAACAGAAUAGUUUAUUUAAAGAGAAGGUCUUUUCCUCACUGAUAUCGUGGUAUGCAUUAAUUCUAUUUGUUUUUAUUGUGCACAAAAAGCCUUGUUUACAAGGGAGUGGUGUAACCGUUUAUACCAUUUUGUUCACUGUAUUUAGUAGACAUACUGUCUAAUAGUUACUGAGUCGUGAUGUAAAGAAAUGUGACAAUAUUCAGGUACAUGCUUUCCGAAUGUUUCAAAUUACAAUCUCUGAACACUGUUGACACCCACAGGAGAGAAUAAAAUGACCUGUGCAAAGGUGCAUUGUGGCGUGUGUCACUCCAGAGGAUUCCAGUUCAAUUUGAGAGUUUAAUAAAUGUUGUCGUAGCUAA